AAAAAUUCGCGGCGUAGAAAAAAAAGAAACAAAGAAGAAGAAAAGCUACCUCUGGUGGUGCUUGUGCAGACCUUUUGGUAGUUGUCCUGGUCACCACUGAUCAUCCCUUUCCGACACAACUCUGAUUAUCUUUCUCUCCCGUUUUGAACUCUCUGUCCUAAUCUCAUCUGCUCCUCGAUCUUCUCCCUUCGUUUUCUUUCCUCUUUCUAUUCUUUUACCCAUUUCCCCAAAUUUCUAAUUAUAGAAACCCGUCUCUGAAACCAACCCUCUUGAUACGCCAAAGCGAAGAGAGCAGCUGCGUCAAGUUUGUUGAAGGGCUUCUCUAAAAACAGAAUCUUUCUUCUGUCGUAUGACUUAUUAUUGGUCUCUCCGGAGAUUCCGCGUGUGAAAAGUCGUCGUUUUGAUCUCUGUCGGAAGUAAAAAGAAGAGAUCUUUGAGUAAGUUGGAUUGUGAAGAGUGGAGGUAGCAAGAAGCUGCUUCCUUUUCGACUGUGGUAGAGAAGAAAGUUCAGGGCUUUAAGGUCUCUAUCUAUGAUGAAGAUGAAGCUCUCACGCAAUGAGCUCAGCUUUGUAUAAAGCUCAGAUUUAGAUUAUUAGUCAAGUUCAGUAAUCAUGAAAGCUCCUUCAUCUAAUGGAGUGUCUCCCAAUCCAGUGGAAGGAGAUAGGAGAAAUAUAAACUCAGAGCUAUGGCACGCUUGUGCUGGGCCACUCAUAUCGUUGCCUCCAGCUGGGAGUCUUGUUGUUUACUUCCCUCAAGGUCACAGUGAGCAAGUGGCGGCUUCAAUGCAGAAGCAGACUGAUUUCAUACCAAGCUACCCUAAUCUUCCUUCUAAGCUCAUUUGCAUGCUCCAAAACGUUACAUUGAAUGCUGAUCCUGAGACGGAUGAGGUCUAUGCGCAGAUGACUCUUCAGCCAGUAAACAAAUAUGACAGAGAUGCAUUGCUUGCCUCUGACAUGGGCCUUAAGCUAAACAGACAACCUAAUGAGUUUUUCUGCAAGACCCUCACGGCGAGUGACACUAGCACUCACGGUGGAUUCUCUGUACCUCGACGAGCAGCUGAGAAGAUCUUUCCUGCUCUGGAUUUCUCCAUGCAACCACCUUGUCAGGAGCUUGUUGCUAAGGAUAUUCAUGACAACACAUGGACUUUCAGACAUAUUUAUCGAGGUCAACCAAAAAGGCACCUGCUGACUACAGGGUGGAGUGUUUUUGUCAGCAACAAAAGGCUCUUUGCUGGGGACUCUGUUCUUUUCAUAAGAGAUGGAAAGGCGCAGCUUCUGUUGGGUAUAAGACGCGCAAAUAGACAACAGCCUGCGCUUUCUUCAUCUGUAAUAUCAAGCGAUAGCAUGCACAUCGGUGUUCUUGCUGCAGCAGCUCAUGCUAAUGCUAACAACAGUCCCUUCACCAUUUUCUACAACCCAAGGGCUGCUCCUGCUGAGUUUGUGGUUCCUUUAGCUAAAUAUACUAAAGCUAUGUACGCUCAAGUUUCCCUCGGUAUGCGGUUUAGGAUGAUAUUUGAGACGGAAGAAUGUGGAGUUCGUAGGUAUAUGGGUACAGUUACUGGUAUCAGUGAUCUUGAUCCAGUGAGAUGGAAAACCUCUCAGUGGCGAAAUCUUCAGAUUGGAUGGGAUGAGUCAGCUGCUGGUGAUCGGCCUAGUAGAGUUUCAGUUUGGGACAUUGAACCGGUUUUAACUCCUUUUUACAUCUGCCCACCUCCAUUCUUUCGACCUCGGUUUGCUGGACAGCCCGGAGUGCCAGAUGAUGAUACUGACAUGGAGUCUGCGCUGAGGAGAGCAAUGCCAUGGCUUGACAAUGGCUUAGAGAUGAAAGACUCUUCCAGUUCGAUAUUCCCUGGUUUGAGUUUGGUUCAGUGGAUGAGUAUGCAGCAGCAGAAUGGCCAGUUACCCUCUUCUGCUGCUGCUGCACAAUCGGGUUUCUUCCCUUCGAUGCUCCCGCCAGCCACGGGGAUGCACAGCAAUCUUGUCGGCACUGAUGAUCCCUCAAAGUUACUGAGCUUUCAGACGCCUCCAGGGGGGAUUUCCUCAGCUAACCUCCAGUUUAACAAACCGAAUCCGCAAGCGUCAAUGUCCCAGCUGCCUCAGCCACCGACUACGUUGUCUCAACAACAACAGCUGCAGCAGUUGUUGCAUUCCUCUUUGAAUCAUCAGCAACAGCAAUCUCAACCUCAACAACAACAAACGCUGCAGCAACAACAUCAUCUGCCCUUACAUCAACAGACUCAGCGGCUACAGCAACAGCAGCAGCAGUUGCAGUCUCAUCCGCAUCCACAGCCACAGUCACAGCCACAACAGUUACAACCUCAUCAGUUGCAGCAAUUUCAGCUUCCGCAGAAUCAGCUUCAUAGUGGUCAAGCAGCGCAGCAGCAUCAGGCACAACAAGCAUCUAUGCAUCAUUUGCAGCCACCAGUAGUUUCAGUAUCAAUGGCAAGCAGUGUCAUUGUGCCUCCUUCUAGCUCCCUUAACCAAAACUGUCAACAGCAACAACAACAGUCUACGCAGCUUCAACACACACAUCGCCAUUUAGGUGCUAGCACUAGCCAGAGUAAUGUAGUUGAAACCAGCAAGUCUUCUUCAUCUAAUCCAAUGUCCAUACCACCGCACGACACACAGUUUCCACGACAACUAGAACAGCAGCAGUCUCCUGUUCUUGUCAACGGACCCAAUCAGCAGCAGAAAGCUCAACAGACACACCAACAGAUGUUCCAGCAGAGUCUCUUGGAACAACCGCACUUACAGUUUCAGCUUCUGCAGAGAUUACAACAACAGCAACAGCAAUUUCUUAUGCCAGGAAGCUCGAGUUUGCAGUCUCAGUUACUCCACCAACAGUUGCAACAGCCACCACCUCAAAUGUUAGUGAGCCGGCCACAGGACAAACAAAACCCACUGGUUGGAGGAGGAGGGGUCAAAGCUUAUUCAGGCAUUACAGAUGGAGGAGAUGCACCUUCCUCUUCAACCUCGCCGUCAACCAACAACUGUCAGAUCACUUCUUCAACCUUCCUCAACAGAACCCAAAGCGGUCCACCAACCUUGAUGCCUGAUGCAGCUGUUGAUAUCUCCGGUAAUCUUGUCCAGGAUCUUUACAGCAAAUCGCUAAAACAUGAACUAACAGGUCAGCAAAAAUCCCAAGCGAGUUUAACAGAUCAUCAUCAGCUAGAAGCAUCUGCCUCUGGAACGUCUUUCUUGGCUCCAACCUUUGGCCUCGACAGCGAUUCAAGAAACAGCUUACUCGGGGGAGGAGCUAAUGUUGAUAAUGGCUUUGUCCCAGACACGUUGCUCUCGAGGGGAUACGACUCUCAGAAAGAUCUCCAGAACAUGCUUUCAAACUAUGGAGGAGUGACUAAUGACAUUGGUACAGAGAUGUCUACUUCAGCUAUAAGAACACAAUCUUUCGGUAUCCCAAAUGUGCCAGCCAUCUCAAACGAUGUAGCUGUCAACGAUGCUGGUGGAGUUCUUGGUGGCGGAUUAUGGCCAACUCAGACUCAACGGAUGCGAACUUAUACUAAGGUGCAGAAGCGAGGUUCAGUAGGGAGAUCAAUAGACGUCAACCGUUAUAGAGGUUAUGAUGAGCUGAGGCAUGAUCUAGCGAGGAUGUUUGGUAUAGAAGGACAGCUUGAAGAUCCACAGACAUCAGACUGGAAACUUGUCUAUGUUGAUCAUGAAAACGACAUCCUUCUUGUGGGCGAUGAUCCAUGGGAGGAGUUUGUGAACUGUGUUCAAAGCAUAAAGAUCCUUUCAUCAGCUGAGGUUCAGCAGAUGAGCUUGGACGGGAACUUUGCUGGUGUACCGGUUACUAAUCAAGCUUGUAGCGGCGGUGAUAGUGGCAAUGCUUGGAGAGGUCAUUAUGAUGAUAACUCAGCCACUUCGUUUAACCGGUGAAGACAGAAGAUCUCUUACAGACAAAAGAUUCUUUUUGCUUCCUUAUGUAAUAUAACUUCUCUUGAUAACAUGUCUCAAGUUUCCACUGGACACUGUAGAGCAUUCACCUGUAAAAUACCUUUUACUAAGUUUACACUUCACACGAAGAUUUUAUCA